CGCGGCCCCGCCCGCCGCCGCCGUCGCCAUGUUGGGGCUCCCGCAGCCGGCGCCGCGGACGCGCGCGGCCGAGCCCGGGGCCUGUCGCCGCCGCCGCCAGGUGGUGUUUGGUCACUAAGCCAUGUGCCUAGGUGAAAGUGACUCCUCUCUCCACGGCUCUGCACCCCCAGCAACGCUCACCACACCCUUGUUUGGAGAGCCUCACUGAGUCGGUGCAGCAGCUCCCCAGACGGGUGUCCGAGAGCCACCGGACCAGAUACCUCCCGAGGCCCCUGCAGCUCCAGUGUCCUUGUCUCUCUGUGGUCCGUGUUCAGCCACAGUCCAAACAGAAGCCCCUGCAGGUCGCAGGAGCGGCGCUGACCUCGUGCCUGCUCACUCGGUCUCUUCGCCUCACCAGCUUCCACUCCUGGAAGAAGCACCUCCACCUGGCAGCCACCUCACGCACUUUCUUCGGGUCCCAGCUUCUGCUAACCCUUGCCGGCGUCCAGCCAUGGGGGAUAUGAAAACUCCAGAUUUUGAUGACCUUCUGGCCGCCUUUGACAUCCCAGACCCCACCAGCCUCGACGCCAAGGAGGCGAUCCAGACCCCCAGCGAGGAGAAUGAGAAUCCCCUCAAGCCUCCGGGCAUGUGCAUGGAUGAGAGCGUGUCCUUGUCCCACUCGGGGUCGUCCUCAGACGUGCCUGCCGUGAGUGUCAUUGUCAAGAACACCAGCCGCCAGGAGUCCUUCGAAGCGGAGAAAGACCACAUCACUCCCAGCCUGCUGCACAAUGGGUUCCGGGGCCCGGACCUGCCUCCGGAGCCCCACGGCCUGGGCCACAACUGUGGGAAGUUUGACUCCGCUUUCAUGAAUGGAGACAGUGCCAGGAGUUUCCCGGGCAAGCUGGAGCCUUGCAAGUCAGAGCCACUCCCCACCUUCAGCCAGUUCAGUCCAAUCUCCAGCCCAGAGUCCGAGGAUGCCAUCAAAGAUAACGGCUUCGGGCUGAAGCCCAAGCACUCCGACAGCUACUUCGCACCCCCUCCCGGGUGCGGGCCUGUCGGGGGCCCAGUCCUGGAGGCUCUGGCUAAGUUUCCGGUCCCGGAGCUGCAUAUCUUCGAUCACUUUUGCAAGAAGGAGCCCAAGCCCGAGCCCCUGCCCUUGGGGAGCCAGCAGGAACAUGAGCGAGGGGCGCAGAAGGCGGCAGAGCCUCACAAGGACCCGGAUGCCAGUCGCUUCUUUGGGGAUGCCUUGGACUUCAACAGCCACCCCAGCAACAGUAUUGCAGAGCCCAAGGGGCUCGCUGCCGAGCUCGGCUCCUGCUCGUCAGUGCCCCCGCGGCAGCGACUUAAGCCGGCGCAUUCCAAGCUGUCCUCUUGUGUUGCAGCCUUGGUGGCCUUGCAGGCCAAAAGGGUCGCCAGUGUCGCCAAGGAGGACCAUCCUGGCCACACCAAGGACCCCUCAGGGCCCACGAAAGAGGGCUCCAAAGGCAGCCCCAAAAUGCCCAAGUCACCAAAGAGUCCCCGGAGCCCCCUGGAGGCGACUAGAAAAAGUAUGAAGCCGCCGGACAGCCCCCGGAGCAUCUGCAGCGACAGCAGCAGCAAGGGCUCGCCUUCGGUGGCCGCCAGCUCCCCACCAGCGAUUCCCAGAGUCAGGAUCAAAACCAUUAAGACAUCAUCGGGGCAGAUCAAACGGACUGUCACAAGGAUCCUGCCGGACCCAGACGAUCCCACUAAGUCCCCUGCCGGGUCACCUCUAGGGAGUGCCGCUGCCGAGGCCCCGAGCGAGGUGCCUGAGGACGAGGUCGCUGCCCUGCCUGCCCCCGAGCACUUUCCUGAGGGGGACACAAAUGCAGGGAGCCCCCAGGGCGACAGGAAAGGACUUGAGAGCGUGACCAAGGCCAGUGAACCUUCGUCCCCCAGCUGUGGCUCUGGGUCCCGGGCUCCGAAGGGGGCCGCCCCGGGCCCCCAGGCGGGCAAGAAGCAGCAGCAGAGCACCGCACCGCAGGCGUCCACCCCGGCCUCUGCCAACCUCCUGCCCAAAGCCGUGCACCUGGCCAACCUGAACCUGGUCCCCCACAGCGUGGCCGCCUCAGUGACGGCCAAGUCCUCCGCGCAGAGGCGGAGCCAGCCACAGCCCACACAGAUGUCCGUGCCCCUGGUCCACCAGGUGAAGAAGGCCGCCCCGCUGGUCGUGGAGGUCUUCAACAAGGUCCUCCACAGCUCCAACCCCGUGCCCCUCUACGCGCCCAAUCUCAGCCCGCCUGCGGACAGCAGGAUCCACGUGCCCGCCAGCGGGUACUGCUGCCUGGAGUGUGGGGACGCGUUUGCCUUAGAGAAGAGCCUGAGCCAGCACUACAGCCGGCGGAGCGUCCACAUCGAGGUGCUGUGCACGCUCUGCUCCCAGACGCUGCUCUUCUUCAACAAGUGCAGCCUGCUGCGGCACGCCCGCGACCACAAGAGCAAGGGGCUGGUCAUGCAGUGCUCGCAGCUGCUCGUCAAGCCCAUCUCCGCGGACCAAAUGUUCGUGGCGGUCCCCGUGAACUCCUCGGCCCCGCUGGCCCCAGCCCCGGCCCCCCCUCCCCCGCCCUCCCCCAAACAAGGCCCCGCCUCGGACAGUGCCAGCUCCACCGUCCCAGCUUUGCCGCUCUACCCAGACCCCGUGAGGCUCAUCCGGCACGGGGUCAAGUGUCUCGAAUGUCACAAGCAGAUACGCGACCACACGGUCAUGGCGGCACAUUUCCAGAGGAUGACGGAGAAAACCGAGGGCCUGACGUGCCCGGUGUGCCAGAUGCUGCUGCCCAACCAGUGCAGUUUCUGUGCUCACCAGCGGAUCCACACACACAAGUCCCCGUACUGCUGUCCGGAGUGUGGAGUCCUCUGUCGCUCCGCCUACUUCCAGACCCACGUGAAGGAGAACUGCCUGCACUAUGCCCGCAAGGUGGGCUACAGGUGCAUCCACUGCGGGGCCAUCAACUUGUCCUUGUCCUUGCUGAAAAGCCACAUCCAGGAGAAACACUGCCAGGUUUUCCACAAAUGUGCUUUCUGCCCCAUGGCCUUCAAGACUGCCAGCAGCACUGCGGACCACAGCGCCUCCCAGCACCCCACCCAGCCCCACAAACCCUCCCAGCUCAUGUAUAAGUGCUCCUGCGAGAUGAUCUUCAACAAGAAGAGGCACAUGCAGCAGCAUUUUUACCAGAAUGCCAGCCAGGCACAGGUGGGCGUCUUCAAGUGCCCCGAGUGCCCGCUCUUGUUCCCGCAGAAGCCAGAGCUGAUGCAGCACGUCAAGAGCACGCACGGUGUUCCCCGAAACGUGGAAGAGCUGUCAAGCCUCCAGUCUUCAGCAGACACGUCCUCCAGCCGCCCUGGUUCUCGAGUUUCCACGGAGCCCCCGGCCACGAGCGUGGCUGCUCGGGGCAGUUCCCUGCCGUCCGGCCGCUGGGGCAGGUCCGAGGCCCAUCGCAGGGCUGAGGGCAAGCCCCGGCUGAGGAGCACUGGCUGGACCUGCCAGGAGUGCCAGGAGUGGGUUCCUGACCGGGAGAGCUACGUGUCCCACAUGAAAAAGAGCCACGGUCGGACACUGAAGCGGUACCCGUGUCGGCAGUGUGAGCAGUCCUUCCACACCCCCAGCAGCCUGCGCAAACACAUCCGCAACAACCACGACACCGUCAAGAAAGUCUACACAUGUGGGUACUGCACGGAGGACAGCCCCAGCUUCCCGCGGCCCUCCCUCCUGGAGAGCCACAUCAGCCUUAUGCAUGGCAUCAGAAACCCUGAUUUGAGCCAGACGUCCAAAGUCAGACCUCCGGGUGGACAUUCCCCUCAGGUGAACCAUCUGAAGAGACGGGUCAGCGGGGCGGAGGAUGCUCCCGGCACCAACAACGGCGAGGCCGCCUCCUCUGUCAAGAGGCACAAGUCCCUUUUCCAGUGCGCGAAAUGCAGCUUUGCCACAGACUCGGGGAUCGAGUUUCAGAGCCACAUACCUCAGCACCAGGCGGACAGCUCCACGGCCCAGUGUCCCUUCUGUGGCUUGUGCUACACCUCCACCAGCUCCCUCAGCCGCCACCUCUUCAUCGUCCACAAGGUGAGAGACCAGGAGGACGAGGAGGAGGCGGCAGAGGAGGCAGCGGAGCCAGAAGAAGGCUCUGGGGAGGAGGUAUCCAUGGAGACCAGGGAAAACGGACUGGAAGAAUGUACUGGCGAGCCUUUGUCAGGUGACCCAGAGGCCAGGAGGUCGCCGGGCCUGGCCCCUGAGGAGGACAUUGUCCGAGACGCUCAGAGUCAACCACUGGCCUCUCAGGACCAGGACAGCCACGCACCGUCCCCUCAGGUGUGACCGGAGGUCGGGUGGUGCUGCGGGUGCUGCACCUGCCGUGUGGACAGUGGAAAAUAGAAGGCUCUGCCCGGUGUGCGUGGCAGGCUGUGCCCUGGAGCAGUGUCUGCCCUGAGCUGCGGGGAGCUGGGUGUGCCCCGGCCCCAGGAGAUGUGGGGUCGCCCGGGACCCUCACAGAUCUGAAUUCUGUUAUUUAUGGCUUUGUGCUGCUUCUCAGUCCCCAGCUCCUGUCUGUCUCCCUCCAGCCCCAGUGCUGUCCGCUCCGCUUGGCUGUGCUCUUCCGGGAGGCUCCCCACUGCUGCCUUCAGCCAGGGGACUCCUCCGAGCUCUCUGGGCGGACAGAGCCUGAGAAGGGGGUUUGAGGGGGGCUGGCGCGGUUCCUGUUGGAGAGCUCUGCCCAGCCUGGCCUGACGCGGGCCUCGGCCACCUGGCCCGUCCUUCCUGCCUUCUCUGAUUCUUUAACCCAGAGUAGUCCCGGAGAAUUGGCUGUCCCGCUGGCUCUCUGCGUGAGCGGGAGAAACUUCUGCAGCACCCCUGGCUGGGGCCCGGGGAGCAGCAGUGCGGCCCAGGCAGGCAGGCGCCGAGGGCAGACCCUUCAGAAGGAGUGGGCGCCUCGUCCGCGGCCGCCCUGCCUCUCCUGACCAGGGGGCUUGGGGCCCACAGACGUUGGGAUAUUUGUAUUCUUGCUCCUGUGCCAUUAGAGAGGCUGCUGCCCCAGGCAGGCCAGCCCCUCCUCCUCCUGGCUACACUCAUGUUGCUCAGACUAUAUUUCAAAUAAAAAUAUUCUUCUUACCAUG